UCGGCACAUGAAAGAGAAUCUCAUCCUCCUCCCCUGAUGUUAUCCUGAACCCCGUGGGAGAAGCGGCAGCGACAGAACAGCCCUGCCUCUCGGCCCCAUUCACUCUCUCCGCCGGACGACAGCGGCGCCGGUGCUGUGCCGCGAGAUGUCCAACAAUGGUGUUGACUGCAAUGGGAUCCUUGGGGUUUACUGCUUCUCUCCAACCUCUGGAGUUGCAGGACUCCAUGAGUGUCGUCAAUGGCCAGAUGGGCGACGGCGGCGCGACCGCACAUCCACGAUUCCAUGGCAUCGCAGAUGACCAGAUGGGCCGCGGUGGCGAGGGCAUAGAGAUGUAUGGGAACACCGGCUUUUGCGGCGUGAUCAGAAGCUAUAAGCGGCUGGACAAGGAGGGUGAGGAUCGGAAAAACACCUGUCGAGCAUGAGUGGGUUUUCACUCUGAUUUGGUAUCGACAUUUCCUUUUCUUUUUUUGCAGAGUGGAGUUUCAUUGAGAGCUAACCUGCCAAUCGAGAGGCAUGCCAAUAAUGUUUACGUCCGGGUGACUUUUGAUCAAUUUAGCAAAGUUAUGUACAAAGCUGGUGCAUAUGUGCUGGAAGAACUAGAACUGAACAUAUGUUAGCAUUUGGAUUUUACAGUGUCCAAUUGCUAGUAAUGUACAUAUUUGCUGCAGGUUAAUUAGUUGGUCUAUAGUACGCGGUGGUAACUUGGUUAUCUGCUGCUGACUAAUUAUCUGAACAUUGUUAUGGUGUUGGCAGACUAUACCAGUGCGUAUACUAUCAUAGCUUUGGUUUAAACUACAAACUAUCCGAAAUUCUGAUUUA